AUGGAGGGCUUCGAUACUAUGGCGAUGCCACCAUACUUGGCCAGUCCAUUGUCACUUGGGAAUUUGCAGAGCACCGACUAUCUCAAUGCGAUGUCUGGCCUGGAUCUACCGGAUCACCGUUCCAACUUCGAUUCGGAGACCUUUGUUAGUGAGGAUCUCGCCAACUUUGCGCCUUCUAAUCUGUCACAUCAACUGAGGCGUUUCUCUUCUGCAUACGAUGACCCUUUCAGCGAGAUGGUGGCGCCCUUUGACCCAGCGCCCCAGGAACAACCCCAGGAUUCGUCGAUCGACCACAACAACAAGCUGUUAAGCUUUUCGAUACCGGUAUAUCACUUCACGCUCCUCGACUAUUCCAUGCGCCGAACCUCCUUAUCGGUGUCGGCGCAGUUGCACGGGAUGUUCUUUCUCGCCGAGUCCCCCUAUACAACAUCCCCUUCGGAAAAUGCCCCGCCACAACAAGGUGCCGAGUUGACGUGUUAUCGUCGAAAUUUGUUCCAAAUCACCGGUUCGGUAACAUUGCCCCGCGGAAUGCGCUAUAUCAUGACCGACCAAGGCGACCGAAUCCCCAUCCUCGCCCAGGAACUCACCGUAUCAGCCACAGAAUCCGUGGAAGGAAACCCAGUGAAGAUCAUCUCGGAGAACAACCCUAGCACCGGUGCUAAGAUCGAGAAGGAACCUCCCCCAAUUCCCUUGGACAUCAUGGCAGGCCAGGAUCUGGACUCGGACUAUGCAACUUUCCCUAUCGCUUGGAAACGCUUGCAAUUCCGUGUCGCGACCGCCAACAAUGGGCGUCGGAAGGAGCUACAGCAACACUUUGUCGUCCGACUCAAGGUGGUCGCGACUUUAUCCACAGGUGCAAAGAUCCCCAUCUCAGAGGUGCAGUCAGGUCCCGUCAUCGUUCUCGCGCAAAGAUCUCCCUCUCUCAGCGGGAGUGCUGCUGCUUCGCGAAAGAAUGCCCAGGCCAACUCCUCGAAUUCUGCCAUGAACCGCACGCCAACAAGCGACUCCGUCCCGCGUCGUGCUAGCGUGACUCCAGCCAAGACAAAACCAGCGGCCCAGAGCAGCUCUCCUGAAACCACGUCCGUUCCCCCGCCGAGCAUCAUGCAGCAGACCAAAGCGACACCGGAUUGGACCUCCAUCCCGCAGUCCACAUCAAACAAUGUCAUGCCUCAUGCCCCAAAGUCCAUGUUCCGUCAUUCCAGCCCGGAGCAACUCUCCCAGGCGACGGACUCACAUCGCCGGGUCAGUUCUACAACAGCGGCCGCUGCACCGAUCAAUUUGUCGUUGCUAGACGAGGAAGAAGGUGGUGACCCUAACCUCCACCUGGAACCAAAGAUGGUGUCCCCCUUUCCUGCCGAGUUACCACAUCAGCAAUCGCUGGGUCUCGACCAAUCUGCCCCGCCUUCUAAGAUGCGCAAGCUCUCUCAUGCUGUCUCUCAGACCCCCUCACGGAGCGUUGCUUCAUCCAUGCCAUUGCUAGAGACUGCCAACUUGCCCCAGUCAUUCGCAUCCUCGCUCCCCUUCCCGAACGAAAGCACUGAUCUUCUCUACGAGUACUUUCCUCUCGGCAUGGAUGACUGGCAAGCCCCCGUCGACGCUGUCUAUCGACCACAUGUGGUGCAUCACACUAAUAUGCCGGAGAUGAAAUUCGUGGCCUCUAGAGGCCGGAGCAAACGGUACUUUGCGGCAGAAGAUGUGUUCUAA